AGGUUUAACGAUGGCCAGAUGCGUGGCACUCAUCCGCGGUGCUCCUGGUGACACAGAAACGUCCAUCCAGGGGGUCAUUCGCUUCGAGCAGGCGUCAGAGACAGCACCCACAAUCCUGGACGGGGUCAUCACGGGCCUAGCACCGGGACGACACGGUCUGCACAUCCAUACCUUUGGAGAUUUUUCAGAGGGAUUCGCUGGGGCAGGGGGCAUUUUCAACCCGUUCGGGAAGGCCCACGGGGCCCCGGACGACGACGAGCGGAUGGCGGGCGACUUGGGCAACAUCGAGGCCAACGGGGAAGGAAAGGCGGAGUUCCGUGUGGAGGGGGAGGGCGGGAGGGAGGAAGGGGGGGAGGGCGGGCGGGAGGGGGGCAGAUCCAAGCAUUCCAGUAUCUUCAUCUUCGCCUCGUCGACAUAG